AUGUCAACAGUACGGACAGCAACGGAUGGCUAUGUUAUUGGGCUGUCCGGAAGGAAACUUAAGGUUAUGAACGAACGAAAAGAAAGACUUUUUGAUAGCAGUCAGAAGUUAGCGUUGGCCGAUGCAAUGCGCCGACUUGUUGCGCACGAAGAAGCUGUUGGUUCAACCUCCGAAAAAAUCGCAGAUAAGGAGGACAGGGAAGAAUUUGCCAGUCAGGUGGAAAUUUUAAAAAAUUGGGAAAAUAUGGAGGAUGCCGGACCGGUUGCUGAUUGCAUUGUUUUUCAUGACGGCGUAAAGUUCAGGUAUGUUUUUCAUGAAAAACUUUGA